UGUUUGACUUUCAUACAAAUUUGUGUUGCACCUCUGUAAAACGUCUUACUUUUAAGUGAGAACCUGAACGCACCAUCAUGUCAGCCGGAAGUAUUAGCAAACAAAAGAAACAACAGUGAGUUUUGCGGUUCAAAGCUCGCCAUUUUGACUAUGGCAGGGCCUACACGAUGUGGGAAUGCUCAGACCCGGGCUAGGCGAAGCCAAAGUCCAGCCAACAAAGUGAUGUCUGAAAGAGAUGGAAACCUAACAGGACGAGGGAGGGAUUUAUAAGCCCAACCAGGACGCUCUCUGGCUCAUUUUCAGUCUUUCAAGCUGAUCUGGACAGAGAGAAGAGGAAAAAGCCUAGGUGCUGUGCCUUUUUCAAAGGUUUCCAUUGACUGCACCCCCUCCUGAAACUCCAGACAAGAAUGCUUUAAAGAUCUAAUCAAGAUGGAGAAUGUUUUUGAAAAGAUUGUGGCCUUGGUGAAGCAGCACCCAGCAGGGAUCCCCGUAAGGAAACUUAGUCUGUUCUACCAGAAGACGUACCGUUGUAACCUAGUCAUAUCCGACCUGGGCUUUAAGUCCAAUGCUGCUCUGUUAGCUGCUUUGAAAGACGACUUGGUUGUCGAGAAACAAAUUGUGUUUCACAAGGACUACUACAAGUGCAAUAACGGAGCUGCGGGAACAAGUGCUAUCGCCUAUGAGGCUGCCGUUUGUGACGCCACCAAACUAAGGAAGGAAAGAAAGAAGGUUAAGAGGGCAGAGAAUGUAGUGGCCAUGAUGGAAGAAUAUCCAGAAGGGCUUCUUCUGGAGAAUUUGUCAAAAGACUACAGACUGAAAUACGACUCAAAGCUGAAAUGGAAAUCUUCGGGCUUCACUUCUGUUGCUGCCCUGGUAGCAACUUUAGACAAGGAUCUGGUUGUGAUUGGGGAGCGGGUGAUCCACAAGAUGGCUCAAGAUCCACUUGGAGCUGCGCCGACACCUUUCAAUUCAGAAUCAGCUCAGUCCAUUGCUGAUAAAUCUCCUCCCACUGGAUCCAAGCUCACUGAUGAAUUGGAGCGACAGCAUCUGCACAAGAAGAUUGGAGAGGUAGCUGAUAAAUACCAACUAACGAAACCAUCCAUGGAUUUACUGGAAGUUUGCUAUUUUCAUCAUUUUGGGGAAAAGCUUCCGGUUCAACUCUACCUCUCCAUGUAUGAGACUUUGGAAUCAUCUUCUCUCAAGAACCUGCCUCUCCCAGCUGGAUUACAGCAAGCAGCUGGAGCGGGUACAAGCAAAGCCAGUGAUGCAAGUCGGGGAGAGUUCAGUGCUCCUGUUUUUAGAAAAGCCUUUCAUGCUCAGUUGAGAGAAGUACAUGGAGAUAAUAUGCGGGCCGUAGAAGCCAUGGAUAACGAUGAAGAUAAAAAGUAUACCAAUUUACAUCCAGACGUACUCAGCAGUCUGAUGGAGGGUGUGAGACGAGAGCUUGCAGCCGAAGGAGAGCUGGUCACCAAAGAGAAGGUGAUGGCAAGGACGUGCAUGUUAAUGCAACUUAAAUCCAAAAAGAUCAAUCCACAAAAUAUUCAGGCCCUGAACGACCUUCAUUACUUGGAGAAAGAGAUCUCGAUGUACAUUCAGUCGGCUGAAGCGGCGGCAUCCGUCUGCACCUUGUACGAGCUGGGGCAGACUUUGGCUGCUCUUAAGGACAAGAAGCGCUACGAAGAGCUGAACCUGGGACCCCUUUGCAAACUCCCCAUCAUCCACCGCAUGUUCAAGAUGAACAGUAACACCAAGGACGAUGAUAUCCCCCAGAUUGAGACAGUUGACAUCUUAAAGCACCUUCGCAGUUACAGGAGAACGUCGAAGCAGCCCAAGGUCGACCUGGCUGAGUUUAUGAAGUAUCUAGCUGACCAUUAUAACUGUGAGUCUCCUUACCAACUGGGCAUCAGGAUAACCAGUCUCGGCUUGUCCAUAUCGUCAUUAAAUAAAGUCAGUCGUUGUGAGCAUAGCAUCAUGGAUCAAAUUAAAGAAACCAUUCAGAAAGAACUGGAAGAGGACACCCGGGAGCGUCUCAUGAAGCUGAAGAAGGUUGUCCUGGAUCCUGUCAAAGGCGCAUGCUCCGUCUUUGCCGAGAACCUGGAGCUCAGGAAGAAAUACGCUUCCUUGACAGCAGCAGAAGUGGUGCUGGAAGUCUUCACAAAUGCAGAAAAGCUCUUCAGUUCUCCAGUGCUAAAGGCAAAUAUCCGGAAAUUCCUAACCCAAGUGUCAGGUGACAGGCUGGCAACAUCUCUCUUUCAAUUGGCAAUUUGUGGUGCCUCGCUAGCUAUCCCACAGGACCAGAAGCUGAAAGCAGAAACUCCUCAAAGCUCUGGAAGAAAAGCGCCAAUGGAAGACAGACGCGGUGCCGCAAGCAAGCCCAGUGAAGCCAAAGUGAAGCAGUACCUAAAAGAUAGCCUAUCCUCGAUGAACUCAGCCAUCCAUUUGGCCGAUAUUGCCAUCUUAGAGAGGAAUUUGACCAAACACUUCCAGGCUCAAGACUUUCCGUCCUUGGGUCAAGGCAGCUUCUUGGGGUUCUUGGUGAAACACAUUCAGCUACUGCAGGACGUGCUUGGUUCCACUUUGAUUCUGAGAAGUCAGGGAAAUGUGAAAAGAAGUUUUUUCAGACCCACCAAACAAGACAUCUUUGAGUUCAUCAAACAAUGUGGGCAAAAUACUUCUGGUGGUCAAGAUGAAUUGUCCCACGUGGAGUUGGCAUUGCAAUCCCACUACGGAGUGCAGGACAGUCGGGACUUGGGCUACGGCUCGCUGCAGACACUGGUCAGACUAGUCCAGCGUCAGAAAGACCUAGCCGGAGGAGGACUGAGCCAAGUCUUUUACGAGUCCACCAUGUUCGCCAGGCACGGCAUUUUAAGUGCCAAAAGUGAGUGCGAAGCCGUGGGGCGGCUUGGGGAGAUGUCAAAGGUCCAGGCGUUGGCCAGUUUGCAUUCCUGUCCUCUCUUAGAGGAUUUGAAUGAAUGGAGUCAAUGGGAGCUCAUAUUUCAACCUUUCCAUGGCUCCCUCAAAGAUUUUAUUGAAAGAAAUGCAGAAAAUACAGACUUGGCAGCUUUGGAGGUGACACCGUGUCUGCUGCUCAGGAUCACCUCAGACACAGGAGACAAGUAUUUCGCCAAUGCCGCCAUGACCCUUGACCCGGUGGGAACAGCUGGACACCUAGUGUCCAUUGUUGUAGCUGAUGGGAUCCCAAAUGCUCCCAUGGCCCUCUUGGCUAAUCAUAUUCAGAGUUCCCUGGCCGCGGCUGUGGCUAAAGAAGAUCUUUCUCGAGCUGAAGAGGACAUGUCAUGUUACAGCACAGUGGCUCAUUUCCUUUUGGAAUGUUUGCUUCGAAUUCCAAAUAGAAUCUGCCAGGCUGUUUUGCAACAGGUGUUUUUAGAGCCUUUGUCCAAAGUCUUGGGCCAAACCAAGUCCAAAGUGGUCCUAAUCACCGCGGCCCAUUCAAACCCAAGGCACAUCAAUUGUUUGCAUCGACUGGGAAUCCUCCUGGGCAUCACAGAGUGGCUGAAGGACUACCAAAAAAAGCUGACAUCAGCAAAGCCAUACGGUGCCUUCUACACAGGACCUUUUCAUCAGCCCAACAUCCAAACAAGGUGGAAUGCGGUGGAUUCUGAGCGCAGUCGUCUGUCAGGUGUGAUGAGCGUGAGUGAGAACGGCGGCCUCGAAGACAAUGCGACAGACAGCGGUCUGUCCUCCAGUCAUCUCAACCCCAGCCUUCAAAAAGGGAAUGGGGCACAAGAAGGAGACGAGCCAGUGGAGGAAGAAUUAUCUGAAGAAGAGCUUUUUGCUUCUCUGUCAAAUGAGGAAAUGUCAACUAAAAGCAGUGAGGUCCAAGGUCUUAUUGUCAAUCAGCCGCAAAUCCUGGAUUUGAACAAAGAGGAGAAGGCAACCUGUCAAUCGGAACCUGCUUUCGAUGUCCACAGGAACAUCAUUGAGGAGAUAAGAAAAAAAGGAUUUGGUAUUGGUGUGGAACUCUCAGCUGAAGGUCAGAACCUAAUGCAGGUGCAACAGGACCGACUUGGCAGAAGUUUGGACCGCCUCUCGACCGAGCUCUACAGCAAAGACACACAUUUUGUUUUGGAACUUAUACAGAAUGCAGAUGACAACAGUUACCCAUCAGAGCCCGAUGCUAUACCAGCACUGGCUUUUGUGAUUGAGAAGGACUGCAUCACCGUUCUCAACAACGAGACUGGCUUCCAGGAGGCAAAUAUAAAGGCCAUAUGUGAUGUGGGUCAAAGUACCAAGGGCAAACAUAAAUAUGGAUACAUAGGACAAAAGGGGAUUGGCUUUAAGUCGGUAUUCAAAGUCACAGACCGUCCAGAGAUUCACUCCAAUGGCUUCCAUUUGUUUUUCGACAAGACAUGUGGCCCCAUAGGAUACAUCCUCCCGCACUGGAUUGAUGAUGAGAGGCCUUUGGAGCCACAAUUAAAGGAGCCAUUUCCUCCUCACAGCUGGACAACCAAGAUCCGCCUUCCUCUACGCUCCGAGUGCCAUCAAACCCGAAACCUGUUCCAUGACGUGCACCCUUCCCUGCUGCUGUUUCUGCACCGACUACGUUCCAUUACCAUCUACAAUCAGGCCGAGAGCCGCAUUGUAACAAUGACUCGUAAAGACCUGAAUCAUAAUGUGCUGGAGGUGGAGCACUCCGAUGGCACUGAGCGCUGGCUAGUUGUCAAAAGUACACUGCAGCCCAAGAUGCUUAAAGAGAAUGUGGAAACGACCGAGCUUGCCCUCGCCUUCCAACUUGACUGCGACAACUCUGGAAGUGACAUGAUAGGCCAACCGCCCAAACAGCCCGUCUUUGCCUACCUGCCUCUUCGCAGCUUUGGAUUCCGCUUCAUCGUACAAGGUGACUUUGACAUCCCUUCUUCUCGAGAGGACGUCGACAGAGACAGCUCAUGGAACCAGUGGCUCCGAUCUGAGAUACCACAACUCUUCCUUCAAGCCAUGAAAGUCUUCAAUGAUCACCCAGAGUUCACAGGCCUUGGCGGUCUCUGCCAGUCCCUGCAGUUUAUUCCCCUGCCUGAUGAGGUGAUGGACUUCUUUAAACCCGUCGCCAAUCAGAUAAUCCAGUUGCUCAAGGGCAAGGCCUUCCUGCCUACACUCGGCUCAGACGGUCGGGUUGUGUACAAGCUCCCGUCCCAAAUCGCAGUGUGUAAGGAUGCUGUGAUUCGCAAGGUGAUCAACCAAGAUGAGCUGGAAAAGCAUCUGUUGCUCUCCUAUCUGCAUCCCAGUCUAAAGCCUGCCCCACCUGCCUCUCUUCUUACCCACCUGGGAGUUCGCAAUUUGAGGGGCUCUGAUGUUACCACGGUAACCACAGCCAUGGCCAAGGAGCUGAUGAAAGAAGAGACUAUCCACACAGAUGCUGGCCUGCAGCAGUUGGCCAGACUUCUUGUUUGUAACUACAGGGCUGUGGAACAUGGCUAUGGAGACGGGGACUCCAUUUUGCAGACUCUUAGGACUCUGCCCAUAAUCCCUCUUGCUGAUGGACGUGUGGUGGCACUGGAUGGAGAUAGCGUCUUCUUCCCAGUGGAAGAAAGCAAGACAAAGAAAACGAAAGCCCAAACUGCAUAUUUGUCCGAAUUGUACAAGGAUGUCAACCUAGUUCACCCGUCUCUGAUGACUUGCGUGGAAGCAUUGGAAAGUCAGCAAGUGCAGGAGCUGCUGAGAAGACUCGGAGUUCAUCAACUUGAGCCGCAGGAGCUGCUCGAGCAGCACAUCUACCCUGUGUUGCGAAACGAAAAAUGGAAGUCAAAGCCAGAGGCGGUGAUUGUGAGUUACCUGAUUUUCAUCAAGCAGCACUGCAUCUCCAGCCAGGAGUAUGCAGACAUUGCAGUACCAGUGCUUACUAACAAGGGUCUGCUGUGCCCUGCACAGAGCAGGGUACACUUCUCAAAAGCAUACGACAACAUGGACCUGUCAAAGACACUUCCGGGUUAUGACUGGGUCCUGCUGAGUCCCAAGUACUUGCAGGCAGACAAUGAUCUGGCAGGUUGGAGACAACUGUUCACCAGACUGGGUGUCAGCGAUGGUCUCAUCAUCCGAAAAGAGAAACAGACGCUCACAUCCGAAGAACUGAGCUCCAGUCCAUGGUCAGCGGAGAGCGCGACGUGGCACCAAACUCCCGGAGAGAACUGCGUCAUUGACGACUACCCGUGCGAGGAGUUUCAUGCCCUGGCCACAGCCCAACUGACUGCUCCCUGCCUCGUGGAGCAAAGAAAGGCUUUGCUAAAUCUGCUGGCGACCAACUGGAACACAGGGCAUCGCUACUCGCAGUACCUCACCGCUCAGGUGAUGGACAGCGACGCUCGGCCAAUCCGAACAACCAACUCUUCCUUCUACCACCACCUGUGUCGUCUCCAAUGGAUGCCAGCCUUUCGUCCGCAGGAAGGGGAAAAGAGCGAGCUUGCGUACCUCUGUCCAAACGCAGUCUACUUGAACGCGCCUGAAAUUACCGACCUGCUUGGGACACACGUCUAUUAUGUGAACAUGAAGUCCAGCGAGUUCAGCAGAGCCCUGGGAAUCCGACAGAACGUGUCCGUGGAUGAGCUGAUUACCUAUCUGAAGGAGUGGUGCAUCAAAGAUAAACAAGCGUCCCUGGAUAAUGUGCCAGAGGGGGCACAUUUCACAUCCACAAUUCAGCACCUCCACAACAUCUACUCCUACCUUCACACCAACUGUCCGCAGAGCAGCCUCCAGGAACUCUUCCAGCAUAACCCGGCUGUAUUCGUCCAAGUGGAAUACCGCAGUAGUGGCUGGUGUUCAGGACGCUUCUACCACUUGAGGGAGGUGUGCUGGAGUGACCCCACUCACAUGUUCCAGCGCUACAGCUCACUGAUGCGUGGUGGCCACAUUGAGGAGCCCACUGUCUUGGCUCCUUUUUAUAGCAAACUGGAAGGCAUGAAAGACUUCUUUAUCAGAUUACUGAAUGUGGAUGGCAGUCCCAACAUGAAGCAAUACGUGGCUCUUUUGGAAGUCAUCGCUUCGUCAUCUCCCAUUCCAACUGCUGAAGUGCUUCAGGAUGUGUCGGUGCUCUACGCCACGCUUGCUGCCAAGUGUCGAAUCCAAGUGUCCGGCGAACAUGAGGACCGGCCUCAGUACAAACGCCAUCUCACUUACGCCUCCACUUUGAAAGGUAUGGUGUGUGACAAAAGAGUCUUCCCCACCAAAGAUAUGAACUGGGUGAGCCUGGCACGUAAACCCAUGAUAGCUGACAGUAAAGAACUGGAGAAGAUCUUCAAAUCCCGGAAGGAAGUCUGCCUCCUCAAUCUGCCGCCAGCAGAGAAGAAGACCUCCCAAAGGAAAAAUACUGCCUUCUCUGGGAGGACAGCGCCAGGCGAGCCAGCCAUUCCCACCUUCAACGAGAAUGACAGAUUGACAUUCAUGAACAUCUGCGGUAUCCGCCUGCUAUCUGAGUGUGUCCACAUGGAGUCCCUCACUGAGAGCUGGAGGCCUUGUGCACCCAUGCAGGCCAUGGUGCGAUCACUGAUCCCCCAUGUCCAGAGGUUCCUCUACCACCAUGAGGAUCUGGCAUGUGUUUAUUCAGAACUGAUUCAGGACAACAUCGCAGAAAAGAUCAAGCUACUCAGAUUUGCACAAGUGGGUAAACUGUACCUCCGCUACCAGCUGGAUUUGGAUGACCACGAGGAUGCUGUGGUGGAGAUGACCGAUGUCAUUUGUCUGCUGAAGGAUAAGAAGGAAUUGUGCAUCCAAAAAGACCAUCUCACAGCCCAGCUGGACAUCUGCAGGGAGCUGGUCAAACUGUUCUGCACAGAGAGCGGCCACAGGAAAGAGCUGAUGAAUUUCCUGAGCGGCUUGAUUGCGUCCCUCAGUGAUCCGGCAGCCCUGAAGAGGUUCUUGAUGAAAGAGGACAUCAGAGAAUUGCCCAGUGAGGAGGAGCAAUGGGAAGUCCCAGAGCCUCCUCGGCCAGAGGUGACCCUGGAAAAAGCAAUAUCAAGAUGUCCUACUUUGCCAUCAGCGCCACCUCGCCCUCAACAAGAAGGAGAAGUGACAUUGAUUUCCUGGCCUCCACGCGCAUCUAUUGUCAAUACCGGAAACCCUCACUCAGCCCGAGCCGACGAAGCCGCGGUAGAAGCCGUUUUGAAGAUGUGGCCACCUCCCGCCCCGCCCAAAGACAGUGACGUCUCUGCCAAGGGGAGCAACCAUGUGGUUCCUCCACACAAAUGUGACAACAGCAACCACGAGGGGGAUAAAGCAUUCAGGGCCGCCAGCAGCAAACCAGCAGAGCAACCAGGACCUGAGAGAACUACGAGCCAGCCUAAUACUUGUGCUACUGCUGCUGCUGCUGCUGCUGCCGGCAAAACACAACCUCCAGCGAGUGAAACAUGGACAUCUGGCCACACGCAGAACAGCGAGGGGAAGAACCUCACUGAUCCCGAAGCAGCUCCGAGUGCUCCAUCUGCGCAGCCCAGCGAGGCGGCGGCGGGCGAGCAAUCCGCUCCCGACAGCCUGGUUGUGCCAGAGGCAGUAGUGGUGCCCAGCGUAUUCAAAGACUCGCAAGAAAAAAGCCAGAGACCUCCUUUGAACCUCCUUUUUCCCACGUGUGACAAACACCAGGCCUCACAUGUCGUACUCGAAGACUUGGACGUGACCUGCCAGAGACCCUCCACCGUGGUGAUCUCUGACGACCGGGACUUGAAAGCCAUCGGCGAAUGGGGGGAAGUGCUGGUCCACUCCUUCCUUUGCCACUGGAGAGACGGCGCCGACCCGCUCCGUCCCACACGGGUGGUCUGGUGCAACCAGAGCGGCGAGAGCGGUCAGCCCUACGACUUUGAGCUGAGCUUCGGGCCGGCGGGACAGGAGGACGACAGCGUUGCGUCCGACGUGCUGUACGUGGAGGUAAAGUCCACCCGGAAGAAAGAGAAGGCCUUCAUUGUGCUCUCGGCCAACGAGCUGCAGUUUGCGCUGACCAAGAAAGAACGCUACCACAUCUUCCGUGUGUACAACGCCGGAGAUGCUCACAACGUGCGUCUGUGUCGCAUUCAGAACUUGGCGCAACAUCUUCACACCAAGAAGCUGGAACUCUUUCUCUUUGUCUGAGUGAGUGAGUGAGUGAGUGAGUGAGUGAGUGAGUGAGUGAGUGAGUGAGUGAGUGAGUGAGUGAGUGAGUGAGUGAGUGAGUGAGUGAGUGAGUGAGUGAGUGAGUGAGUGAGUGAGUGAGUGAGUGAGGAAACUUGUUUUAAUUGCCUUUGGAAUUUGCCGCUUACUGCACUGAUUUCCACUUGAAACAUGCACUUUUCUUCGAUGUAUGUAGUUGACGUUUUAAUCUGAUGUGUUAUUGUAUGAAUGUUAUCGUCCUUUUUUCACAUUGUAGCAAAUUUGUAUAAUCUGAUGUUUUCACCCAAUUCCGAUGUCUCCUUUUAAUCUGGACACUUUUAUGGAUAAAAUCCUUUCUCUGUUA